CUGAUUUUUUUUUGACUCUUAUUGUGUGUGUUUUUCAUUUUUUUUUUGGCAAAUAUACGUACGUCGUUCAUUGUCUGGCGCUUUAAUAAGUAAAAUAGCGCGCAAGUAAUUGAAAACAAUCGUGAAUAUACACCGAUUUGCAAGGAAUCGUAUAAUAUCUUGAAUAACAUCGCCUGAAAGUGGGUCAAAGUAAUAUGGAUUCGUCGUUGGAGCAAUUGGACAAUGCCGGGGGAGAGUCUUCAUCGUCGAGUGUUUCAAAGACUGAAGCGAACAACACAAAAAGUGAAAGUUUUAAUGAGGAGCCAGAAAGUUCGGAGGAACCUUUGAGAAAACGCAAGAAAUCAAGCGAUGAAAAGGACUCGGAAAACAAAAUGUCGACAACAGCAGACGAAUCACAGCAGGACGCUUUGGUAACCUCCACCGUGGGACUGAGGCGUUUCAAGCGUAUACCGAUUUUCAUAGUGGACUACCACAACGAUGUGUUGGAAUUCAUAUAUCGUUGUCUGGCCACCAGACAUUUGCCUUUGGAGAACAAUACACUGCUGCAUUUUGAUUCCCACCCUGAUAUGGUAAUUUCUCGAGAAAUUCCCGCCAGCUCUGCCUACGACAAGGAAACCAUGUUGGCCGAGUUGUCCAUAGAGAAUUGGAUCAUGCCCGCUUGUUUUGCCGGUCACUUUAACCGGGUUAUUUGGGUCAAGAACUCUUGGUGCCAUCAAAUGCCCGAAGGCAAAUAUAAUUUUAAAGUAGGUCACAAGGAGGACAAAAUAAGUGUGGACUGUUGUUUGGAUUAUUUCAUAUCGGAGGGUAAUUAUUGCCAGACUGCGGAGCUGGAGCAGCCCCGAGACAUGGAGUUGCAUGUCAUCAACAACGACACUGACAAAGUGCCCGAUCCCAAGCAGUUAUUAGCUCCUGAGGAUGCCGCAAACUACAUACUUGACAUUGAUUUGGAUUUCUUCAGUACUUCAAAUCCCUUUUUGGAAAUAUACAAGGAUGCCAAUUGCUACGAACAGUUGAGCCAGAUAUUCCAUUUUGAAAGUGCCACCGAGUCGACAGCAGUUGGCACCACCGAGAAGCGAAAACUUCAGUUGGAGGCCCUUAAAGGAGUGUUUGAGUAUUUGGAGGAAAAGCGCUCCUUUGAGGGCAUAGAGAAGCCGGACACAGAUGUCAUAAGCAAAGAGGUGUUCGACAAAAUUGUAGCCCUUGCCGAGUCACUACAGAAGUGUUAUGCUGAUGAUGAAAUAGACUGGCUGCUGAUAUUCGAUUCCGGCAGCACCACCGACACCAAUGGUUUGCCUCAUCACAUUAGCACAGAAUCCGAAUUGGAGACCUACUAUGGCCAAUUCAAAAAGUUCCUUACCCAAUUGCCGCAUACCCCUGUCCUAAUAACAAUGGCCUGUUCGGCCGAAGACGACUACUGUCCCCGUAAUCAAGUGUCGUGCAUACAGGAGAAAGUCGUCCAAAUACUGAAAGAAGUAUUUGGCGAGAAGGUACACGACAAGCCCAUUCUCCAUUACAUGGAUGACGAGUGGGAUGUUAUGAAGUUGUAAGCAGGUUCUCAAGACGUUGAUAUGAAGAAAUCCAAGCAGAUUGUUCCCAUUAUUUCUUGUUCAGUCUGAUCUUUAGAUAUACCGCCGACAUGCGGGAGUAUUGUCUUUUUUUUUAUUAAUUUAUAGUUUUUAAGUUGUAGCAUAAGUUAUAAAAUUUAUAAAAUUUUAUGUAGCAAUCAAAUGAAAUUUGAUGCGUUGACAAUGCAGGAGAGGACGACAGAGACGACGUGACAUUAAGAAUUACACGCAUACACAAAAACACACCCAUACAUACACACACACACAUUAAAAUGAAGUCGACAUUCAUUUAAUAAAAAUUAAAAAUCGGA